AUGCUUGCUUGCAGGCUUUUAUUGUCAAUAAUUUUUGAGCCAGCCAGACUGAAGAACGCAAGCGAAUCUCUCUCGAGGCUCCACUCAAGCUCAUCAGAGGCACUCGAGACGAGCUUUAUCUUCGAUGCCACGAAGAAUCAAGACGCUGUCCAGAAAAGACUAGAUGCGGGCAAGGUUACUGUUUCCAGAAUAAUGGUAUAUCCCAUCAAGAGCUGCCGUGGAAUAUCUGUUCUCAAAUCGAAUUUCACACCGCUUGGCCUCGAGUACGAUCGUCAAUGGUGCAUAAUUGAUGCUAUGUCGCAUCGAAUAAUUACAGCCAGAGCAGUACCGAAAAUGGUACUGAUCACUCCUCGAGUGAUUGAAAGCGAUAUAGACCCAUGCGGCGGCCGACUUCAAAUCUCAUUUCCAGCUGAAUCUGGUUGCGAGACAUUCUUUGUUCCAUUAAAACCAACGUCAGACAUGCUUCAGAACUACAGCAUUACGGAUGAUUGCAGCGUCCACUCGGACACGGGCAUAGAUGGUUACAUCACUCAACCUCACCCUGAUUCUUCCAACACGGAUGCACUCUUAUGCUCGGCCACCCUUUCAAAAUACUUCGGCAAGCCGGUGCAUCUCAUUUUCAAGGGCUCACGAGCGCGUCCCGUCGAGCCGACAUGGUCAUUCCCGAACCUGAAUGCUCAUCUCAACUAUCAAGACGGCUACCCUCUCAUGGUUGUUAGUGAGGAAAGCUUCGGGAGCGUGAAGAAGAUGGCUGCCAAGUGGUGCAGCGAGCAGGAUAUAGAUGAGUUCAAGCACUGGAACGUGGAUUCUUUGGUACUGGAAAGAUAUAGGCCCAACAUCGUCUUCAACGGCGCCUCCGUACCAUUCUCUGAGGACAUGUGGCGGGAGAUUGUUUUGACUUCUCAUACGAACGAAUCUUCCUCUUUCACGUUGGUGGCCAAAUGCACGAGAUGCUUGCUGCCUAAUAUCGAUCCGUUGAACGGCGUUAGGAAUAUGUCUAUUCCCUCCAAGCCGCUUUCCAAGUUUCGCACAGGAUUGGAUCCUGGUCGAACGGACGACUCUUGCUUCGGAUGUAAUGCGGUGGGUCUCGCGUCGGGUGUCAUGAGCGUUGGCGACGUUGUGUCGGUAACGACAUGGGAUAUCGUUUAA